UUUCUAUAUAAUCGAUGCCGUAAAAUAAGUGUUAAUUAUAAACUGUUUUAAUUAAGGAGCGAAGGCUGUCAAUAGUAUUCGUCAGAAAAGUAUUGCACAUAAAAAAUGAAGCUAAGAAAAAUAUCUACUUUAGUAAUAUCGACAUUAUGCAUAAUCAUUGUCGACGCGACUGUACCUGGGUCAUCAAGCUCUAAUGAGAUAACAUACACACAGAAGAGACGAGCACAACCAAACACUGGUGGUGCACUGUACCCACAGGCGACUGACACAAGAGAUUUAAAGACAUUAAACGGAAUAUGGAACUUUAGAAAGUCCCCGACAGAUCCCGAAUACGGAUAUCGUAAUGGCUGGUACGAACAGGAUCUAGAAAAGACAGGUCCAGUGAUUCCUAUGCCAGUACCUUCAUCGUACAACGAUAUAGGAGAGGACGCGUCUCUGCGGGACCAUGUUGGGCUGGUGUGGUACGACAGGCGCUUCUACGUGCCCUCCUCCUGGCAGCAGAAUAAACAGCGCAUCUGGCUUCGCUUCAGCAGCGUACACUACGCCGCACAAGUUUGGGUAAAUGGAAAGUUAGUGACAUACCACGAAAUGGGACAUCUACCCUUCGAAGUGGAAAUCACGAAUGUAGUCUGCGAAAAGGGAAGCAACCUACUAACUGUGGUAGUUGACAACACACUUUUAAGUGACACCGUACCACAAGGCAGUAUUAGAGACACAUUUGUGGGCAUCAACAAAGUGAAACAAGAACAGACGUAUACGUUCGAUUUCUUCAACUACGCAGGCAUACACAGAACCGUCUUCCUGUACUCCACUCCGCAGAUAUAUAUCGAUGACGUCAUUGUUAACACUGAUAUACAAGGAUUAACAGGUUUCAUUGUGUACAACGUGACGCAGAAAGGUUUGAGCGAUGGCGGCUCUGUUGAAUGUUUGAUUCAAAUACUAGACAAGAAUGACACGCAGGUGGCGGCGGCUAAUGAUUGCGCGGGUCUCAUUGAAAUAGGCAAUGCUAACUUCUGGUGGCCCUACCUCAUGCAUCCCAAUCCUGGAUACUUGUACACUUUUAGGGUCAGUCUCAUUGGAAUUCAAGGUGAAACUAUUGAUACGUACAAUCAAAAAAUUGGUAUAAGAACUGUCACUUGGAGCAACACGACUAUUUUUAUCAACGACAAACCAAUUUAUCUGAAAGGAUUCGGAAUGCACGAGGAUUCAGAUUUACGAGGUAAAGGUUGGGACCCAGUUCUGUGGGUGAAGAACUUCAACCUGAUCCGUUGGCUAGGUGCCAACGCAUUCCGAACCUCGCACUACCCAUACGCCGAGGAGAUCUACCAGCUGGCUGAUGCCCAGGGCAUCAUGAUUAUUGACGAAUGUCCUGGAGCUGAUACAGAUGUAUUUUCCGAAGCUCUACUAACUAAACACAAGCAGUCGCUGACGGAGCUCAUCCGACGCGACAAGAACCACCCCAGUGUCGUGAUGUGGUCAGUCUCCAACGAGCCCAGGUCCGCCAACCGACUCGCUGAUGCUUACUUUGGCGAAAUAGUUCGUCACGUGAAAACCAUGGACUUAUCACGGCCUGUUACUAUUGCCAUCUCUCAACACUACGCAGCCGACAGAGCCGGACAACACUUGGACGUGAUAUGCUUCAACCGUUACAACGGCUGGUACACGUCAACGGGCUCGCUAUCCAUGAUCACCAACAACGUGGUGGAUGAGGCCAACGCAUGGCACCUUAAGCACAACAAGCCUGUCAUCAUGACCGAAUACGGAGCUGACACCAUCGCGGGGCUGCAUCUCAUUCCAGAGUACGUAUGGGCGGAGGAGUAUCAAGUAGCCUUAAUGUCAGAGCAUUUUAAGGCAUUCGACAAAUUGCGACAAGCUGGAUUCUUUGCAGGCGAAUUCAUAUGGAACUUCGCUGACUUUAAGACUGCUCAGACAAUAACCCGAGUAGGUGGAAAUAAAAAGGGCAUUUUCACAAGAUCAAGACAACCUAAGGCCUCGGCACAUCACUUAAGAGCGCGAUACCUGUCCUUAGCGGCCGCGGACGCCGGCACAGCACCGCCAGACGUCUCCUACUACGUGUCAGACAACAGACCAACACAUCACGAGUUAUAAAUCUAUAUAGAUUAUAGAUAUUUAAGAUAUCGGUAUUACUUAUUUUUGUUAUAUCGAUGAAUGUUUUGUGUGUUCGCCUUUUUUGUAUGUAUCCGUAUGAGUCGUAUAAACUGCCAUUAAUAGUAUAAACUUUGUAAUAGUUAAGUAUUUUCUUAGUAUAUUACUGUUAUGGAUAAAUGAUAAUUGCGCUAUUUCAAUAACUGACAUAACAAUUUUUUUUUCGUAUAUAGGUAAAUUGUUAUACUGCCAAAUAUUGUUCUACUUAAAUUAAGUUGAAUUUAACAUUCCGAUUAAUUACAAUUGAAAAUACAAAUACAAAUUAAUAGCCUGAAACGCCAAAAGACAAGCUAAUGGAAAACCAAUAUUGUUUUAUACUAAAUUUUUCGAUCUAAAUUCUAAAUCAAUCAACCUACGCCAAAAAUACGGGUCAUCUGUUACUGCAUUGCUCGUAUUAAAUAGCUAUUUUAUUCUAAUAGUGUAACAAAAUCACCAAUUUCCGUCCACUGAUCCGUCCUUUUGGUAAAUAAUAAUUAGAUUUUUUUCACUUUCAUUACUUUAGACGGAUUUUUUUUCAAUUCAAUCGUAGUAGUUAAAAGUAAACUACCCUGUUCGUUUGGUUAACAUUGGUGAUUGGUGUUUAUUGCUGAUUUAACAUAGAGUUUUCAGAAUUAACUUUAAUGGAGAUUGUAAUAUACCUAUUCUGAUUAAUGUAUUGAAAUAAAAUAAUAUCUAUGUACUAAAUAGAAAUAUUUGUGAAAACUCAGACCAAUGUUACAGUAGAAGUACAAUCAAGUUAAUUUAUUAGAUAUUGGUGUGUACAAUUAUCUAUUUAACGUCCAUGAAUGUUGCUGUAAUUUGACGGAAAUAUGAAUUGUGUGUCGUGACUGUAAAUAUUUAUGAGCAUAAUUAAAGUACAAAAGAAUAAAA